AUGCGCAAGUCAUCCAGAGCCCGUUCGCCCCCUCCCACUUGGCCCUUCUGGCCUCCACUCAGUGGGCCUGGAUCGGGUGUGCCGCCACCGUCGCCAAGAUCCCAUUCGCACCUCUCCAAAUUUCUCAAGGGUCCGAGGGCCAUGUCCGCUUCCCUUCUCCUGGACCAUCUUCCGGCUGCAGUUCCCGUGACUUCUCACGGAGUCAACCUCUUUUCUGUCCCCUCAGCUUUGGCCAUCCAGGUGCAUCGUGAUACGUCUGACACUGGCGUACUAAAUGCUCCACAUGCCGGCCGUCAAGCUCUAGCCGAGAAUGUCUUCUUGUCGACCCAGCCUGGCCCCGAGAACAUGCUGCGGUCACUGGUCGGCGGCUGCUGUGCCACCAACAAGGUUGUUUCAGAUGGCAUGUCUCAAGAUGGACUUAUCUAG